UUUGGUCAGAAGACAAAGACAGCAGUGCUCUCUGAAAAAGGCACCAAAAACCCAGGUUUUUGUGUGAUAAGUUGUGAUGGGGUUCAGAGACUUGGCUGUGUUCGGGUUUGUGCUUCUCCUCUCAGGUGGAAAUCUCUGUGCUGCAACACAAAACUGGUCAAACCUCAGCACCAAUGAGAGUCUGAGCCAAAUCCCUCAAGAGAAAGUGACAGAGGGCUCACAGCUGCCAGGGUCACCGCAGACAGCAGAUCAUCAGUCAAACCGCACAGCGCACAGCGAUCAGGCCCGUUCUCCCGUCACCUACCGCCUCAAGAGCAACCAGCUCAGGAACCCGGCUGUCAGGAAGCAAAAACCACCUCUUGUGCACGCUUCUCAAAACCUGUGGACGACGGAGGCCGGAGAGCUGACCUCAAAGCAGCUGGAGCCAGAGGUAACUGUGCAAGCUCGAGAGUUGAUAAAAUUGGCGGCUCCAGGCCCAGAUCUGAACCCACCUGUCAAACCGGAAUCAAAGGUGCUGAUGCUGGUGUUUGAGCAGCGGGUGCCUGUGCCAGCAGACAGCGUGGCAGCACGCUGUGGCGAAGGAGGGGUCACCGUAGAGGUCAAACAGAACUUCCUAGGAAACGGACAGUUGAUCCGUCCAAGUGAUCUGACCUUAGGAGGCUGCGCCGCACUUGACGCCGCUCGCCACAUCCUGCGGUUCCAGACGCAGUUGCAGGGCUGUGGCAGCACAAUGACGAUGACUGAAGACGCCCUCAUCUACACCUUUACUCUCAUGUACUCUCCAACACCCAUUGGCAGCACCGUCAUUUUGAAGACCAACCCUGCUGAGGUGGUAAUUGAAUGCCACUAUCGAAGGAGGCAUUAUGUGAGCAGCAGCGCUGUGAGGCCUACCUGGGAGCUGUUUGCCUCCAACAUCUUUGCAGAGCAGCAGCUGCACUUCUCCCUGCGUCUCAUGACAGAGGACUGGCAGUCGCGGAGAACCUCCAGUGUUUACUUCCUGAGUGACGUGAUGCACAUAGAAGCAGCAGUCCUCCAGGGUCACCAUGUUCCACUGAGGGUGUAUGUGGACAGCUGCGUGGCCACUGAGAACCCGGACCCUGAUUCUCAACCCAGAUACCCCUUCAUCAACAACCAUGGGUGUUUAAGUGACGCUAAGCUGACAGGAGCCAAGUCUUACUUCAUGCAGAGGAGCCGCGAGGAUAAACUUCACUUCCAGCUGAAAGCCUUCAGGUUCCACCACGAUCACAGGAAUUCAAUCUACAUCACAUGUCACCUGAGAGCAACAAGAGUCUCCGCUCCCAUCGACUCCCAACACAAAGCAUGUUCAUACUUGACUGAAGCCGACAGAUGGGUGGCAUCAGGUGGAGACAAUAAGGUGUGUGACUGCUGUGAGACCAGCUGCAGCGAGCACAGACAGAGAAGAAGCCUGGGAGCAGAUGCUGAUCUGCAGUGGGAGGGGACGGCGGCUCUGGGCCCCAUCCUGCUGGAGGAGAGCAUCCUGCUGCAGGAGCUGGCUGAGCUGUCCGAGCUUCAGUUGGAGCUAGACUCUCAGCUCCGAACACGUGAAGCGACUCGAGCAGAUUCUUAUUCAUCAAUAGCCCUGCUGUGUGGAGUGGGUGCGGCGGUGGCUGUGGUGCUGCUGGUUUUCACGGGUGCUUUCAUUUACAGCAGAGGACAGAAACCCACCGGACACUUUGUUUGCACCUGA